CCUCAGUCUCAGGCUGUUUCUGUCCUCUGUCAGGUGUAAACACAUUAACAAGUAAACCUUUGCCUGGCCACUCACCCCUCUCCUCCCCUCCCCCUCAGCCCUGUUUUGGUCACACACUUGGGCACACACGCACCUCCCUGCCCUUGUGGUCACCCUGCCCUUACCCCCUCCUCCAGUCCUGAGGGUGCCUCCUGGCUCGGGUCUUGUUUGGUGCUCAGUUAAAGAACUCAGCUGGGAGUGGGACAGGACCGUCUGUCCUCUGCUCCUGGGGAGGCCACAGAGCACACUCACAGCACAGGUCCCCACAGGAGCAGCUGGAAGUGAGUACCACACCUAUGUCAGUGUGAGAAGGCCUACCUCUCAGGAAACUCGGCUCUCAGAAACCCACAAAGCGCAAGAGUCCCUCCGGGAGCUGAAUGGUUCUCCUAGGUGACCUGGACCCAGGAUUCUAGUCCCUAGGACUGGCCAAGAAGCCUGCACCAUGAGGCGGAGUGGCACGGCCCUGUCCUUCCUGUGGACUGAGCGAGUCCGAGAGCCAGUGGAUUCUGGAAUGGCCCCUGUCAGCCCCCUAGGUGGGGGUGUGAUCCUGAGACGUUUCUCAGGGACCCUGCUGCUGCCUCCACUGUCCAGCCGCCUGGGGUCCUCUGGGGAGGUGGAGUCUGCUGCCCACGUGGUCUUCACGAUUGGAACUCAAGGGACACAGAGAAACCUUGGCUCAGCUCAGAGCAGCUUUGACCUCGAAAAUGGGCUCCCGAGCGGCAAGGGUCUCCUAGACGCUCAGUCCGGGCCGAGUCUCGGCCGCGCCCUCCAGCCCCCUGUCCAUCAUGGCCAGCGGCGUGAGUCCUUCCUGUACCGUUCGGACAGCGACCAUGAGCCUUCACCCAAGGCUGUGUCCCGGACCUCCUCGGCGGCCAGUGACCUACAUGGAGAAGACAUGAUUGUCACGCCCUUCGCCCAGGUCCUGGCCAGUCUCAGGACGGUCCGUAACAACGUGGCUGCCCUUGCACAUGGCCCGGGCAGUGCCACCAGGCAGGUGCUCCUGGGAACCCCUCCGCACAGCAGCCAACAGGCAGCUUCAGCAGAGGACUCUGGGCUGCAGCUGGUGCAGGAGACACUGGAGGAGCUGGACUGGUGUCUGGAGCAGCUGGAGACACUGCAGACUCGUCGCUCAGUGGGCGAGAUGGCCUCCAACAAGUUCAAGCGCAUGCUCAACCGUGAGUUGACUUACCUGUCGGAAACCAGCCGCUCAGGGAACCAGGUGUCGGAGUACAUCUCGCAGACUUUCCUGGACCAACAGGCUGAGGUUGAGCUGCCUAAGCCGCCCACGGAAGACAACCCAUGGCCCAUGGCCCAGAUCACUGAGCUGCGUAGGUCUUCCCACACCAGCCUUCCCACAGCUGCUAUCCCACGCUUUGGGGUCCAGACAGAUCAGGAGGAGCAGCUGGCUAAGGAGCUUGAAGACACCAACAAAUGGGGACUUGAUGUGUUCAAAGUGGCUGAACUGAGUGGGAACCGGCCUCUCACAGCUGUCAUAUUCAGCGUCUUCCAGGAACGGGACCUUCUCAAGACGUUCCAGAUCCCAGCAGACAUGCUGCUGACGUACUUGCUGACACUAGAGGGGCACUACCACUCCGACGUGGCGUACCACAACAGCAUGCAUGCUGCUGAUGUGGUGCAGUCCGCGCACGUGUUGCUGGGCACCCCAGCCCUGGAGGCUGUGUUCACGGACCUAGAAGUUUUGGCAGCUAUCUUUGCAUGUGCUAUACACGACGUAGACCACCCAGGGGUCUCCAACCAGUUUCUCAUCAACACCAACUCAGAGCUGGCACUGAUGUACAAUGAUUCAUCGGUGCUGGAGAACCAUCACCUCGCGGUAGGCUUCAAGCUCCUGCAGGGGGAAAACUGCGACAUCUUCCGGAACCUCAGUACCAAGCAGAGACUGAGUCUGCGCAGGAUGGUCAUAGACAUGGUGCUGGCCACAGAUAUGUCUAAGCACAUGAGCCUUCUGGCCGACCUCAAGACCAUGGUGGAGACGAAGAAAGUGACCAGCCUUGGCGUCCUGCUCUUGGAUAACUACUCUGACCGCAUCCAGGUUCUCCAGAGCCUGGUGCACUGCGCCGACCUCAGCAACCCCGCCAAGCCGCUACCCCUCUACCGCCAGUGGACGGAGCGCAUCAUGGCCGAGUUCUUCCAGCAGGGCGACCGGGAGCGUGAGUCGGGUCUGGACAUCAGCCCCAUGUGCGACAAACACACAGCCUCGAUGGAGAAAUCCCAGGUGGGAUUCAUUGACUACAUCGCUCAGCCAUUGUGGGAGACAUGGGCUGACCUAGUGCACCCCGACGCUCAGGAGCUUCUGGACAUCUUGGAAGACAACAGAGAGUGGUAUCAGAGUAGGAUUCCCUGCAGCCCUCCACACACCAUGGGCUCGGAUAGGUUCAAGUUUGAGCUGACCCUGGAGGAAGCAGAGGAAGAGGAGGAGGAGGAGGAUGGAUGGCAGUGCACAGCACUGAACAGGGGGUCCUCAGAGUUACCCAGCACUUAACUCCUGUCCUCUAAGGCCAGCCCAGAGCCCAGGGUCUGCUUUGCCCAAUAAGAGUUGGGCUAGCCUAGUGUGGACCGUGGAGUCCUGGUCAAGCCAUGGGCACCCAUGGGCACUGAUGACAUUCCACCAGUCAACGAGGACAGCCAAGGUUUACACAGAGCCAAGCCUGAAGGAGGCUGGGACCAGCUCUGCCCACAAGCUGGAAUGGCACCAGCCCUGGGCAGCGCCGACUCCUGCAUCUCAGAAGACGGACUUAGACUCAGCUGCAGUCUGCACGUCAACUUCAGCACAUGCAGUCGGACUCUGCGUUAUGGUUCAGUUGGUUUCUUUUUUGACACUAAAGAUGGAACCAAUGUUGCCUUCACCAGUCCAGCUGCAAGCCUUUACUGAGUCCCUCAGGGGAAUCCCUUUCGUAAAAUGCAGGCGGGGAACACUUCCCACUGAGGUCUGGUGUCUCCUGACACCAUUGGCUGCACAAGACUCUUCUUAGAUACCGGGAGGUCGGUGACCCUCCUAGAAGACCACUGCAGGCCUCAGUCCUCCCAUCAAUGAGGAUCCCCGUCUCCGACAAGAUUGGGCUUCUCAAACUGUGUGCUGGUGCACCUCUUUUCACCAUAGGCAUCCCCCAGACUUGGGGGGUGGGUGGAGACAGCUGGUUCAGGCUGGGCAGCCUGACUAGAAAUAAAAAGAGCUGGAGUGGGCUGGAAAGAUUUCUCAGUUUUUAGGAGCACUGACUGUUCUUCCAUAGGUCCUGAGUUCAAAUCCCAGCAACCAUGUGGUGGCUCACAAUCAUCUGUAAUGGGAUCUGUUUUUUGUUUUGUUUUGUUUGUUUGUUUGUUUUCGAUACAGUGUUUCUCUGUGUAGCCCUGGCUGUCCUGGAACUCACUCUGCAGACCAGGCUGGCCUCAAACUCAGAAAUCCACCUGCCUCUGGCUCCCAAUGGCUGGGAUUAAAGGCAUGUGCCAUCACCACCGUGUGGCCUGAAAUGGGAUCUGAUGCCCUCUUCUUUUGUGUCUGAAGAAAGCAAUGGUGUACUCACAUAUAAUAAAUAAAUAAAUCUU